ACAGAAUCAAUCUCGACUGCGAAGCUAUACGCGCAGUUUUACAUAGCCUAUCUUCAGUGUCGGCGUAGAGCGCCUAUUCUUAUUCUGGCAUCCGUUGUCACAAAUUAUAAGGCGGGCGACCCAAUUCGCAAUGAUAUGUUCACCC